GAUCACCCAGGACGUGCCGGCCCUCGCGCACGGACUUGCGCACCUGAUCUGCGUGCUGCUGAGCGUGGGGCUGCGCACCGCCGUGGUUGGCGCCCACCUCACCGCGCGCGCGCCCCAGCCGUGGCGCCUGCGCUGGCAGCUGCCCUCGGCUAUCUGCACCUCUCCCUCGCUCGGCGCAGCGGCGUUGUGGUGCGGCGUGCACCUGCGGCUUGCGCCCCUCGUGGCGGCCCGCCUGGAGCGGCGCGAGGACCUCGAGGCAUCGCACCGGCGGCAGUACGCGCGGCUGCAGGAGCACUGCGAGGCGAUCACGAGCCUGCAGGGGGAGCAGGCCGAG